AUGGGAACCACCAAAGCUAAUGAAUCUCGGAUGUUCACCUACACAAUGAGGAAUACUGUUCUGGCUCGGCUUUUGGCUGUGUUUCCAUUGGGAGCCAAGGGAGUUGCCCGGUUGAGCCGGGAGCCUCCCCACCCGGAGUCCCUGCGCCAACGGCAUGUGCCCCCGGUCCCCGAGCUGGGCCGAAAUACAAAAGCGGCUGCGAAGCGGCUGGGAGGAGAGUUCCCAGCGCUCGGCCCAGUCGGAGCGGGAGCCGGAGCGGGGCCAAGCACCGCCGCGGCGGCAACAGUAGCAGCCUCAACCUCGGCAACAGCAGCAGCCUCAGCCUCGGCAACAGUAGCAGCCUCAGCCUCGGCGGCGGCGGCGGCGGCAGCGGCAGCGGCAGCGGCGCCGGAGCCCCGCAGCCACCAUGGGGCACAGGCGCCGCGGGCCCGGCAGCUCCCCGGCUGCUGGGGAGGCGUCCCCGCCGGGGCCCCGGCCCCGGGGCUCGGCUUGAAGCCGCGGCACCAGCCCGCCCCCGGAGCCCCUACAGGCUGGAGGAUGCGGGGGCCCGGCCGCGUCGCCGCCACAAUCGGGCUCUGGCUCUUGGCGCUGGGUUCGCUCCUGGCGCUGUGGACCGGGCUCGCUCAGCGGGCGGAGCAGCGCCCCUUCCCCGGGCUGGGGCUUCUGCGCUCCGGGCGGAGCAGCGCGGAUCAGGCGGCGUCGCCGGCUCUGCACCUCCCGCGUCCACGGCUGAGGGACGCCCCCGGCGGCCCCGCGAAAACUUUCCGGGCGCUGCUCACCGUGCCGGCCGCCGGGGAGAGUCCGCCCCGGCGCCUCCCGGAGCCGGCGGAGCGCGGGCAGCCGGGGCACGUGGAGGAGCCCCGGCGGGGCGGCCCAGCCGCCGUGCAGGGGGGCAUCUUCUGGAGCCGGGGCCUAGAGGAGCAGGUGCCCCGCGGCUUCUCGGAGGGGCAGGCGGCGUCCUGGCUGGAGGCGGCACGCGGGGCCCGGGUGGUGGCCCUGGAGCGCGGGGGCUGCGGGCGCAGCUCCAACCGGCUGGCCCGCUUCGCCGACGGCACCCGCGCCUGCGUACGCUACGGCAUCAACCCGGAGCAGAUCCAGGGCGAGGCCCUGUCCUACUACCUGGCCCGGCUGCUGGGCCUCCAGCGCCACGUGCCCCCGCUGGCGCUGGCGCGGGUGGAGCCGCGGGGCGCGCAGUGGGCGCAGGUGCAGGACGAGCUGCGCGGCGCGCACUGGGCCGAGGGCAGCGUGGUGAGCCUGACCCGCUGGCUGCCCAACCUCACCGACGUGGUAGCGCCCGCGCCCUGGCGCUCGGAGGACGGGCGCCUGCGGCCCCUGCGCGGCGGCGGGGGCGAGCUGGCCAACCGCAGCGAGCCCGAGCUGGUGGAGCUGGUGCAGUGGACGGACCUGAUUCUCUUCGACUACCUGACGGCCAACUUCGACCGCCUGGUCAGCAACCUCUUCAGCCUCCAGUGGGACCCGAGGGUCAUGCAGCGGGCCACCAGCAACCUGCACCGCGGCCCCGAAGGGGGACUGGUCUUCAUAGACAACGAGGCCGGCCUGGUGCACGGCUACCGGGUGGCCGGCAUGUGGGACAAGUACAACGAGCCGCUGCUCAAGUCCGUCUGCGUCUUCCGCCAGCGCACCGCCCAGCUGGUCCUGGAGCUGCACCGGGGCCAGGAUGCCGCCGCGCGGCUGCUGCGCCUGUACCGGCGGCACGAGCCGCGCUUCCCCGAGCUGGGCGCCCUGGCCGAGCCCCACGCGCAGCUGCUGCAGCGCCGCCUCGACUUCCUUUCCAAGCACAUUUUGCACUGCAAGGCCAAGUACGGCGGACCGUGACUUGGGACCCGAGCUGUGGGGGGGGCGGGCCCGGGAGGGAAAGGUGCCGGACAGCUGCGCUCUGGAUUGAUGCUUGGAUGGGCCGUCUGGGAGCUUUUGAGCCAACGCCCACUGAGUGACCCGAGCCGGGAGGCUUUCAAAGAUCUCUCCCGGUCCAACUUCAUCUCGCUGUUUCUCUGUCUCUGUCUCCUCUCUUUUUCUCUUCCUCUCUCCGUCCUUCCCUGUGUUCUCCCCUCCUCGACCUCCCCAGUGCCACACUUUCUCCUUUAAAAGUUCUCCACGAGUGGACUGUGGCUAAAAACCUUCUCUUCUCCCUGCUCCGUUCGGGACCUUAGGCUCUUCCCGUUUCCCAUCUGCAGAUCGGGGUUAGCCACUGAGUACGGGGGAUGGAUCGAACUUCGACCUCAAUUUGGGAGCACGAACCCCCGAAGGGCUCCGUUGGGGUGAUCGGGAUUUGUAUUUGGUUUUCUUUUUCUUGUGUCCUCCCCCUCCCCACCUUUUACUAAAAACGGGGGCGGGGGCUGGACGGGGCAUUUCCUCCCAAAUCGAAUUCUGUCAUUCACGUAGCACCAAGGAGGCGCUUGCUACUGGUCUCUGGAGUAACCGACAUGCCAUUACACGAUGCAGUUCUGUUCAUGUGUGCAUUCUUUGUUCUAAGGAUGUAACCGCUGUUAAUGGCAAGGCUUGGCGGAUGUGGAGAACAGAGAUCCCAGUAACUCAGAACAGCCUCCCGAACAGAUUCCGUUCCUUCCACCCAUUUGUUAAAGCGUCGUUUGGCCCGAAAACGACAAUACCGAACGGACCGGAUAAACCCAAUCAAAGAUAAUGGAUUUUCCUCCCUCUUGGCCCCCACCCCUCUUACCCCCAGCAAACCUGCCGAGAUGUUGACAGUGACCAGUCUCAAAGAAAAGAAAAAGGGGGAGGGGGGAGAAAAACCCAGUUUCAUGCACU